AUGGUGGGACCAAGUUCUUCAGGUGGAGAUUUACGAACUCCACAAUUUGAUGGUGCAAACUAUGAUUUUUGGGCUGUCAAAAUGGAGACCAUCCUCAUAGCACAUGAUCUAUGGGAUGUAGUUGAGGUCGGAGUACAACCUCAGCCAGUUCUUGAGGAGGAAGAAACUCUGGAGGUGAAGGAAGUGAGGCUGAGCAAGUUCCAAAUUGAAAAGACUGCAAAAGAAGCUUGGGAUACUCUGAGAAGAGAGUUCAGAGGAGAUAAAAAGAUAAGAGCAGUAAAACUUCAAGCAGUUAGAGCAGAUUUUGAGUAUAUGAGAAUGACUGAUGGUGAAAGCUUUGAUAGUAAUUUGGCUAGAUUUUUUGGAACUGUGAAUAAUCUGAAAUCUCUUGAGUUGAAGAGGUCAUUGCAUCUGUCAAAGUCUAUGAUAAAAAGGGAGGGCUUGCAAGAUGAAAGAGAUAAAUUGGCUGGGACUAAGAGAGCUUUCAGUAGCCUCAAGGUUGGAAAUAACCAAGUCCAUGGUACUCAUAAGGGCUCACAAAGUAGACCAAAUCAAAAGUGGAAGGGACAAGACAAAAGGGGAUCAAAUUGGUCUCAAAAUGGAAGCUUGAACAACAAUAAUGGCUCAAGCUGGAAUAAUAGUGCUGGAGGAAAUUGGAACAAUAGCUUCAAUUCACAAAACAAGCAAGGUAGUAUCAGUCAAGGAAGUGUGAAACCACAGUGCCAAGUAUGUCAGAAGUAUCAUUUUGGUGUGUGCAGGAACAAAGGACCUAGAUGUGGAAAAUGCAAUAGGUUUGUUCAUACUGCAAAGGACUGUGAAGGUCAUAGUCACAAACAAGUAGCCAACUAUGCAAAGGAAGAAGAAGUAACCACAAGAACUAUGUUCUAUGCUUGUCACUCUGCAAGUUUGCAAGAUAAAAGUGUAUGGUUUGCGGACAGCGCCUGCAGAAACCACAUGACCUCUCAAGAGUCUGUGUUACUAAAUAUUGAUAGGACCGUGACUUGCAAAGUUAAAAUGGGCACUGGAGAUCUUGUACAAGCAACUGGAAAAGGCACUCUAGUGGUUGAAACUAAGCAUGGGAGAAGGUAUAUACAUGAAGUGUUGCUUGUUCCGGGCCUGGAUGAGAAUCUAUUGAGUGUAGGCCAAAUGAUGGAGCAUGGUUACUAUGUCCUAUUUGGGGGUAACAUGGUAGUUAUCUUUGUUGAUGGCAGCCUCAACAAUGUUGUAGCAAAAGUGGUCAUGGAAGGAAAUCGAUGUUUCCCUCUCUCACUAGAAUCUAUGACACCUGCAGCAACGAAGGCAUCAGUGAUUGAAGACUCUUGGAUCUGGCAUAGAAGACUUGGACAUUUGAAUUUUGUUAGCAUGAAAAAGAUGCAGCGGAUGGAAAUGGUGACUGGACUACCUGAGUUCCUCCACUCCAAUGAGUACUCAAACUGGAUCGAAUGCAGGGGUUUCCUAUUGCAUCCUUCUUCGCAAAAAUUCAAAGCCUUUGUUGAAUUGCAAAGUGGAUUUAGUUUGAAAAAGCUAAGGAGUGAUAGAGGUGGUGAAUAUACCUCACAUGAAUUUCAAGAUUUUUGUGCAAGCAUGGGAAUGGAGAGGCAACUAACCAUUGCCUACUCUCCUCAGCAAAAUGGAGUUGCUGAGAGGAGAAAUAGAACAAUCUGUGAGAUGGCAAGAUCCAUGAUGACAGAGAAAGGAAUUCCAGUGAAUUUUUGGGCAGAAGCUAAAUUUGAUGACAAGGCUAGAAAGGGAGUCUUUAUGGGGUAUGGAAGCUGUGAAAAGGGUUAUAGAGUGUAUGACCUGCAAUCUAAGAAGAUUGUGCUCUCAAGGAGUUUUGAUAAUGGUGGAAGCUCUCACUCAAACACAAAUGUUGAUGUUUCAUAUGGAAAUAACAGUCAAGCUUUUACACCUAGCUCUACUCCAGUGAAGUUGAGAACUCUGGAAGAUAUAUAUGCGAGAUGUCACAUGUGUAUCAUAGAACCAGAGAACUAUCAAGAAGCAGCUGGUGAUUUAGCUUGGCAAGAAGCUAUGAAUGUAGAGUUGGAAAUGAUAGAGAAAAACAAUACUUGGGAAUUGAAACACAAAGCUAGGCUUGUAGCAAAAGGGUAUGCACAGAAACCAGGGAUUGACUACAAUGAAACCUUCGCACCAGUGGCAAGGUUAGAUACAAUUCGAACUCUUAUUGCACUUGCAGCACAAAAGGGUUGGAAACUAUUUCAGCUUGAUGUUAAGUUAGCAUUCCUAAAUGAUGUGCUCGAUAAGGAAGUAUAUGUAGAACAGCCCGAAGGUUUUGAACUGAAAAAUGCGGGUCACAAGGUUUACAAGUUAAGAAAAGCCUUGUAUGGAUUUAAGCAGGCUCCUAGAGCCUAUGAGAGGAUGCUUACUGGAUUUAAAAGGGAGAAGAUGCAGAGAUAUGAAAUGUCAGAUCUUGGACUCCUUCAUCACUUCUUGGGCAUGGGAAUACCACAAACUGAUCAAGGGGUUUUCAUUCAUCAAAGCAAGUAUGCCAAAUCCUUGCUUGUGAAGUUUGGGCUUGAAGACUGCAAACCAGUAUCCAUUUCAUUGCCUACUGGUAAGAGACUCAAGAAAGUGGAUGGGAGUGAGUUAGCUGAUGAAGGACUCUACAGGAAAAUAGUAGGAAGUCUACUGUACUUAACAGGAACAAGACCUGAUUUAAUGUAUGCUGCCAGUUUGCUGUCAAGGUUUAUGACUAGUCCUACAAAGAAGCAUAUGGGAGUUGCAAGAAGGAUUGGGCAGGCAGUGAGGAUCAGAAGCACAUCUGGCUAUGCAUUUAGCUUUGGAAGGGGAGCAUUCUCUUGGGCCUCUGUGAAACAAAACACAGUGGCACUAUCAACAGCUGAAGCUGAGUAUGUCUCAGCAGCUGAGGCAACAACACAGGCUAUUUGGUUAAGGUUUGUUCUUGAUGAUUUUGGUGAAAUGCAAACUGAGGCAACACCUCUGUUUUGUGACAAUAUGUUAGCAAUUUCGAUGGCCAAGAACCCAGUGUUUCAUCAAAGAACUAGGCACAUAAACAGAAGGUAUCAUUUCAUAAGAGAAGCUUUGCAACAAGGUGUGAUCAACAUGCAAUUCCGCAGAAGUGAAGAAUAG